AUGAGUCUUACCCCUGCUCUUACUGCAAAGCUUCAGGUCAUUGACGGUGUCCAAGGUCGAGGUGUCGAAUGUGUCUACAAGGGUCAGGAUAUGUCUAGGCUCCGAGUCCCACCAGACUAUGUGAGGAAACUCGAAGCUCAGGUGAAGGAACUCUCUUCCCGCAUCGAGUCCUACGGAAUAGCCGGAAACGCAUCAGUUGGUGGUAAACUGACAGGGACAGCUUCCGGGACGUCUACUCUGGACCACGAACCUACACAGCCCGGGAUCAACCACGACGAUCCCGCAAUGCGAAGCAGCACAUCUCCCUGGGAGACUGGCCAGCAAGAAGUAUCUGGUGUUAACUCACACACUCGGGGAGUUGAGUUCUACGGCAGCUCGUCUUCUGUGGCUCUUCUCUCACACAUUCAGCGCACUGGGGAUGAGCCUGAAGGUGAUGUGAGCUCUCUUCUGUCAACUCUGCACAAUCCUGCUUUUAGCCCAGCCGAGUUGCAGACAGCCCGUGAAAGCCGCAGGGAGAUCGACUACCCAGAUAGUUUAGACUGGUUCCCACAAUGUCGCGGGUUUUUGGAAUCUUUCUUCACCACUAUCCACUAUGUUCAUCCCAUUCUCGACAAGAAUAUAUUUUUGCAGCGGUGCGAGUCGUUAUGGUCUGGAAACGAAGCCGAUGGCCAGCAGUUUUCAAGUUUCACGGCUCUGUACUUCAGUGUUCUCUCCUUGGGUGCGCUUGUGGGUACGAGAGAUGAUGAACCCAUCGAUGGCAUCGAUAAUAUGCAAUGGAGCCGCAAGUUUUUUGAGAAAGCCAAAGCCUGCUGCAAUCAGAUUGGAAUGGUAACGGACCUUGAGAUGACCCAAUGUUACUUCAUACUUGUGUGUCUUUCCAUCCCACAUCGUCGCUCAUGUCACUAA